AUGUCCGAGCUGGCCAAGCAGCAGUGCGGGAAGGCGCUCAUCUUCUGCAACAGUGUCAAGGACGUCGAGAUGGUCGCCGCGGUGCUGCAGGGCCGGGGGCACCAGUGCGAGGCGUUUUCGAGCAACUCCAGCCAGGAUCGGCGGACCGAGCUGCUGGAUCUCUUCAGGUCCCGCGACUCCAGGCUGCCCGUCCUCGUCUCCACACAGGUGCUGGGCCGCGGUAUGCACUUCGAGGACGUGAAGUACGUCGUGAACUACGACUUCCCCCAUCGGGGGAUGGUCGACUACGUCCACCGCAUCGGCAGGACGGGGCGGGGCAACAGGAAGGGCUUCGCGCUCACGCUCCUCGAGGAGGCGACCCUGGCUGUGGCCUGCCCGGAAGCAGCCGAGGAGCUUUCCCAGAGCCUCGCUGCCCUGUGUUAUGCGGCCGCUUCUGGCGACGCCAAGGCGGAGCAGUUCACCCAGGCGCUGCUCGCACUGGAUGCCGCCGAAGUGGGCGGCCCUGCAGCCAGCGAGCCAGCCUCCGAGGCGUCCGACGGCGGCGACCCCAUCGGCCAGGGGCCCGACGCCCGACAUCGCGGAGGCGAUCGCCAUGCCGGGCGCGCGCUGGUCUUCCUGACGCGCGGUUCCGAGGGCGCAGUCUCGGCCACCUCCCGCACGCUCUCGGCAUCGCCAGGCGCCGAGGCCACCGCGGCAGCGCAGCUCAGGCAGCGCCCGCUCGAGGCGGGCGCAGACGAAGAGGCGGAGGACCGCGACCACAAAGCGACCGCGGCAGCGAGGCUCCAGCCCACGCCAUCGGAGCUACGCGACCUCUGCGUCGCCCUCGACGGCGCCGGCGAGGGCGAUGUGACCUCGCAGGGCUUCGUGGAGGGCACCAUCAAGCUCCUGGACACCGAUGCGAGCAGCGCAGUCGGCCUUCAGGCACCUUCGGCCGGCCAGCGACGGCAGGCGGUGCCCAUGGACGGUGGCGCACCUGGCGGCGCCCCCCUGACGCGCAGCCGAGGCCUCGCGCGCGGGGCCCGCAGCCCCCGCCCGGACGCCAGGGGCACGGCAGCCAUGCUCGCGGGGCCGUUCUGCAAGAAGGAGCAGGACGUCUUGUUGGAAGGAGUCGACUAGACGUAAGCAAGAAGGGGCCGUUCUGCAAGAAGGAGCAGGGCAUCUCGUUGGAAGGGGUCGACCAGACGUGAGAGUGGCCUUUCACCGGAGUGACCUCUGGUGCGGGCUCGUCGGGAUCCCCCGCGACCGCUGAGCGCGGUGCGAUCGAUAGCCGCGGUUUGCACGCUUGGCUUUGGCCCUCUUGCGCCCCUCAAUCCGCGCACCAGAGGUCACUCUUGCCCAGGGUAACUCUUGCGUGUAGCCGAAGGAGGCCCGAUCCGCCCUGGGGCG